CGCUGCCUGAAUCCAAACGGACAGAUGAUAACGCUUAGUCACCCCGAUAGUUAACCGGGAGAAGCAGCGCCUCCCCGUGUACUCACCGAUUGGCUAACGCGCUCCUCGGGCUCGCCUUUCCGUCAGACCGUCUUCAGCCCAGGGCGGGGCUGGCUCUCCACGAAACUGAAUUAGGCUACAACCGGCGGCAGAGAGGGAACUUCGGUCGCUCGCUUCAUGGAGCAGCGUGGAAAUGCUCCGUCCGUAGGAGAGAAGGGGAGCGGACAGCAGCCACAUCCCUGUUACACCCUCCUAUUUCCCCGCUUGCGCCGCAGCUGAGACCAACGCUGAAGCGAUUGGAUUUUACGCACGGCACCAGUACUGGUAUUUAAAAAAAAAAGAAAGAAAAGAAAAGAAAGAAGAAGGAAAAGAAGAAAAUCACACAUCUGUUUGGUGGGGGGGGGGGGAGAGAAAAACCCCGUUUGCUGCCGCGCCGCUGUUAGGAUAAUGUAACAACCGGUGAUCUGCUGCCUGUGAAUCUCAGAAUAAGGAUAUCUCUUAUACUGCUGGACGUUUUAAGGCUGGCAGGCCUGGAGCGGGACACAAAACAUGGCUGAACCACGGCGGGAAAGCACCAGCAGCCUGCAGAGGAAGAAACCUCCCUGGCUCCGACUGGACAUUCCCACGGCUCAGAUGUCACUAGACGAGCCUCCGACUUUUGUUCAGCCGGUGAGGCGGCAGGGGUUCCUGCGCAGUAUCAGCAUGCCGGUGGAGACUUCUCACCUCCAGUCUCCGCCGCGCGACAUCUUUGACACCCGGCGGCCUGUAUUACAACGCCAGUCAUCCAUUACUCAGACCAUAAAGAGGUAAGAGAAGGCGAUAAGAUGAAUCUAGAUAUAUUUCGUCGUACCUCAUUGGUAUGAACACAAAGGAACAAUAUCUUUGCCUUUAAUAUUACGAAAUUGUGCAUGGAUGUCUCGCAGAGCAUUAGACUCCAGAGUAUGUUUUUGCUUUUUAUGUCAUUAUCAAAUGCAAUAUUUAUGAGCAAAUGUUUAUUAUAAGAUAAAAUAGAGGUAUUAUUUCCCUUUUGCCCUGUAGACUUGUAAAACAUCAACUUUUCAUGACUUUUGCAGUGUUUCUUCUUUCCCUUUUUCUAACUUUCCAAACACUUGGUGAUUAACAUCUUAAUGCAAUCUGACCACACUUCUUGCUUUGCUCUCUUUGCAUGAAGACGGCCAUAGCACUCCCAAGGUGCAU